AUGGGGCUUUUGAAUGCCGAGAAUGUCCUUCGGGCUCAGCACAGAGAUAUUUGGCAUGGGGUAACUGUCAAUAUUUGUCCGACACUGGGAAAGCAUGAACACAGGGCAUUUUCCCAGAAAGGGAAGGAGGGUGGUUCGUUUCUGAGAAAUAUGAACCUGAACUGCAAAUGCCUGUUAACAGGUGUGCCUGGCACCUCCGAAUGCAGUCGUGGCUGGCAGGGUUCAAGCCAGCAUGAGAAGGGAGGCAGAAAGAAAAUCAAGGAUUGCAACAGGGCUGACCCGAGCCGAGGAGGAGGAGGAGAGGGAGGUACAAGAGGAGGGGGAGGAGGAGGACGAAGAGGAGGAGGAGGAGGAGGAGCAGCAGCAGCAGCAGGAGGAGGAGGAAAACCAGGAGUAGAAGGACCUUCCCGCUUCCUCGCCUAG